AUGGGAGACUUCAACGGAAGAGUCGGAGAGAGAAGAACACCGUGGACAAAACACCUGGGUCAACACAGUGACCACAGAACACCAUGCAAUUAUAACGGCAACCAUGAACUGAAACUGUGUGCAGAGCACGACCUAUUCAUCACCAACACCUUCUUCCAGCACAGAGCCUCUCAGAUCUACACCUGGUACAGAUGGAACAACAUCAUGGUCUCAUCACAGAUCGUCUUCAUAUUAACGAGAACACGAAUGCGGAUCACAAUCACAGACUCAAGAGCCAUCCCCAAUGCAUGCCUGGACACGGACCACAGGCCAAUCAUCACAACGUUGACCACCAAGAAAGAAAGAAAACCCAAAAAACAUAAAAGACAGCAAGAGAGACUAAAUAUACAUAAACUUGGAGAUGAUCAGGUGCAGGCUCUGAUCAGAAGCACGUUAAAUGAAAAACUAGGCUCUAUCAACUCUACAAUACUAACCGUAGAAAAAGCUUGGGAUACCUUCAAAACAACUCUCCUGGACACAAUGAAAGAAGUCUGUGGUACCAAGAAAACAAGAGGAAAACACAGAAAAGCAACAGCCUGGUGGAACAAAGAAGUUAAAGAUGCUAUCAAGGAAAAAAAGAGACUGUAUAAUGUAUGGGUCAAGUCAAAAAACGAAGAGGACUACAUUAAAUAUAGACUUGCAAGAAGACACAGUAAGAAAGUCGUUAUAACAUCAAAAGAAAAGUCAUGGACACAGUAUGGCGAAAAACUAAGUGAAACCUGCAAGACCUCACCAAGAGAGUUCUACAAGAAGAGUGACGGGUUCGGUUUCUACCAAGGUCGUGCUACGAUCUCUUGUUUCUCUAAGGAGCUGAUUCUUGAGAGCGCCACCAUCCAACGAACUGGUUUAAGAAAGCUGAGAUACGUGAUUGUGUGCUUAUUUGUCAGAACUAGUGACAUCCGACAACAGGAGACAUAUAGCCUUGUUCACGUGUCUUGA